GGCUGAGUUCAACAAAUAGCCGACCGACUCAAAGUUGGGUAGAUUAAGCGGAUCAAAUGAGUUUGGCUCAGAUUAUUACUCUUUCGUACAUAUAGUAACAGCCAUAGGAAUUUGGAUCUUACCUUAGCAUCUUCGCUCACGAUUCCCAGCAUCUAAUCUAAGAUGCUUCUCGGUACUGUUCCCUUAAUUAUUUCACGGCUAGCUCACGUUCAUCACCCAAACUUCCAUAUAUAUAAUCCCUUCUUUACGCUCCACUUUCUGCAUUAACAUAGAGAGAAAACGAAAAUAACUCUAGCUAUAGUCUCUUUGUUAAAGACAUGAAUACAAUAUUGGAAUAUCCGCUCGAAGCUCUUGCUUUUAAUUACUUGAGCUUCGGUUUCUUGACUGUCGUCAACAAUGUUUGGGCAUGGGUCGCCGUUAUUACGGCUGCCGUUAGCUUUUGGAGGAUCAAAACUUCAACUUUGCCCUCACCGGAGACACGUGGCGACUUUCCCGGUGCCCUGUCUCCAUCUCCACCGCCGAAGACGUCGGUACCGUCAUCUUCAACAGUCAAUACUGAGAUGUACACUGGUGUUGCUAUGAACAAAGAAGAAGGAACAAAAGGGAAACUAACGGUGUAUUUUAAGCAAGAUGACGGCGACGAAUGUGACGUCGAUGGAGACGACGGUGAUCAAGAAGGAGAAGAUGGUGGCGCCGUUCAUGAAAUGUGGUUUGAGAACUGGGAAAAUUUAUUGAAAAUGAGAAAUGGGGAAAUGGGGUGGUAUAGAUACCAGGACAUGAAGGUAAUUGACGGCAACGUAGUUAGGUUGUGGGACGGUUGUAGACGGCGGAGGAAGGCGGAAACCACCGCUUUCUCGGUUAGCCUAGUUAGUACUUGGUAGAUUUAUAGAAAUGAAUCAAUGGUAGUAGGUUACUAUUGGAGUAUUUAGUUGGGAAUUUGCAAUAACGGGUAUGAAAAUUAAAGUUGUACAUAUGUUCUAGCCAAAGUAUUUGUCAUACUUCAAUCUUGAUAAGAUUUAUGAGUUUGUUCUCUA